GCGAGGCGCGAUGGCGCACGACGCGAACAGAGGCAUCGCCAGGUCGAGGUUGCGGCCGGCCACGACUACAGACGCGCGGCCGCGGACAACUUCCGCCUGGCGCCCGACUAGUCAGCCUUGCCUCCACACUCCCACUCCCACUGCACCUUUGGCGAGGGCACGCGGGCGCGUCCCACGCAGCGUCACGGGAUCGCCUCCGUGAGUCUCCUGCGCUACGGGGAACUCACGCGGCCUACCACGAGUUGCCCCCCCCCCACCUACCACGAGUUGGGGCCGCCACCCCAGUCGUGUAUCGGCGGACGGCGUGGCCGAGAAGAGCAGAGGGUGGCCCGAGGGGAGCAAAGGCUGCGCCGAGGAGUAGGCGGCCGAUGUGGCGGCCGAGAUCGAGGCGCUCCUCUCGCAGCGGCUCGCCGCCAAGAAGAGGCGCGACUUCGACGCGGCGGACGCGCUGCAGGCCAACCCGAGAGGAUGGAGGGAGAGAGGGGAGGGGGGGGGCGAGGUGCGUGGAGUGAGAUCUCGGAGCAAUCUCGGAGCGCCCCAUGCAGGCCCAGCUGCGGAAGGUCGGCGUCGAGGUGGACGAGCGGCGGCGCGAGUGGCACAUGCGGCGACCGCGCCGUCCCGGCGGCCAGAUCGCACCAUGUCCAGGAGCCGGCCCGUGGACGUGUCCCGGACGCGUCCUCGUAGGUCGUACCGCGUGCGUCCCACGGCGGAGGGCGGGAGGCGCAGCGGCGCCCCGGCCGCAGCGCAGCGGCGGCGCCCCGGCCGCAGCGAUGGCGAUGCCGGCGGCGGGCGCGACGAGGGGGGCGUUCCGGCCGCCGACCGUUCGGAGCCCGCGCCGUGGCGGGCUGAGGGCGGCGAGGGCGACGAGGGCGGCGAGGGCGGCGGGGGCGGCGAGGGCGGCGAGGGCGGCGACAUGGGCAUGGGCGCAGGCGGCGGCCGAACGGGGGUAGGCGGGGAGGACGAGGCGGACGGCCUCGCGUCGCUCACCGUCCCCCAGCUCAAGGAGCGGCUUCGGGGGGAAGGGCUGCGGGUGGGAGGGCGAAAGGCGGAGCUGGUCAGCCGACUGAGAGGGGCGCUGCAGUCGUGAGGGCCCGGGGGCACGCGGGUUGAGGUCUUCCUCGUUUAUCGACGGGAAAGGGGAAGUUUGAACGAAGGACUGCAGCAC